AAUGCCUUUUCUAUUAUUAUUUAAUAAAAUUAUUUUUUAUCGUACAGGGAAAAAGUUGUUAGGAAAAAUUUCUGUUUGGACCUUUCAUCCCAUAUCUUUGCCGUACUGAAUGCAAUAAAAUCUCCAAUUUUCUCCGUGUGUAUUGUUAAAAUAUUUGCUUUUUGUUAAAACCGUUUUUUCAAUUAUUUUUCUCUAAAAUAUAAAGCCCAUAUUCAUUCUGUUUACCAUUAUCAUGAUUUGAAAAAGAAAAAGCUACAAAUAAUAAUUUUUGAUAUUUACCAAAAUUUGACCGAACAAUUAUAAUUGACGCCAUUUAAUUAAUAUCUCUAUUGUUACUUUCCAUUAUUUUGCGAUCGACAAAAUUCUAUGGCGCUUUGAAAGCUCGCAACGACGGGCGCGUAUUUUUGUGCCUGGACUAGGGUUGAGAGAGAUGUUGCGCGAUCGUGUUUGUGAGAGUAAGAUAGCGAUUAUAGCUAUUCUUAAAAUAGGGCUUGAGAGUGCGUACAAGCGAAUGAACGUAUCGCAUCAAGAGAAAAGAAGAAGAAAAAAAAAAGAAGACCGGAAUGAGAUAAACAGAGAAAGAGAUGUCAAGUGUACAUGUAAAUGAAAAGGAAGAGGAACCACGACGUGUUUCUGGGGUCGCCGGCACUUGACGAUUUCAGCUUCGUCUUUAAAACAACGUUCAUUUGCGCUCACGCGCUUUUCUUCCUCUUCCUAUGUAGAUCAAUUGGAAAAAAGAAUUUUUUUUUAUUUAACUAGUUUUUCGCGCCACGUCUCAAUUGAUUAUUUUUUUUUUUUUUAAAGCAAUUAUUUUUAAAAUCAGUUUCAAGUGAUGUUUAUUUGUGUGAGUUAAUUGUGCGACAGUGUUUAGUCGACGUAAACAUCCCGAAAAUAUAAAAGAACGGAAAUUUUUAUUCUGCAUUUAGUGAAAAGAAAAUUGCAAGAUUGUCAUGUCUUCGUUUAGAAAUUACAACGACUCCAGAACGUAUAAACCUAGGACGAAUGUGGGUUCUAGCAACUAUGGAAGAAAUUUAUCAUCAAUUAACAGUCUAGGUUCGAAAAGUUACGAUAAAGACAGACUACGACCGUCGAGAUCAUCGAUUGACGAUCUCACGUCAAAAAGUCCAGGAGUCAGUGGACGAACGUCGAUUAUAGAAAAAUAUUCAUCACCAGGUGGAAAUUCUGAUCUUCAGUUUACAAGAUUUGACAAAUAUAAUCGUUCAACACCAAGAGCAACAAGUAGAGAACCUGAAAUUACAGCUUCUUGUUAUCGUUCAAGUACAUAUCCCGGGUCAAGUCUCAGCAGGAAUUUAGGAAGUGAAAGAAAAAUUGAAAAAAAAGAGAGAACCGAACUUCCGCCUGUUUCAUAUCGGAACAUUCGAGCAAGUUCCGGAAGAAGUUCACGUGAACCAAGCCCUGACGUCACUAACCCGAAAAUAAACUCCUUAAAAAUGUACAGCACCAGAACCCCAUCUUAUGGCAGACACAGCGUUGCUUCCAAUGUAUCAGAACCCUCUUCGGAAUCCUUAUCAAGAUGCGCCUCGUCAACUGGAAGAUAUUCAUUAUCGUCGCGAAACAGUUUGGAUCGAUUUCCAAGCACAGUGAGUUACUCAGGCUCGGACAGAAUUCGAGCAAGCAACAAAAAUUCGAGUAGCCCGCUAAGAGACGAAGACGAAGUUAAAAAUAAAACGAAGAAUAGUGGACAAUUACAUCAAGACGAGGUGGAUAAAAAUUUCAGGCACGUGAAUCAAUCAAGUGUAAAUGAAGUCGAUGGUAAAAAGAAGUCGGACAAAAGUGGAACAGUUUCUUUGAGAGUUGUUUCAAGAGGUACAUCACCAACCCAGCCAACCUCCACAUCACUCGGUGGAACACGAAAAUUUGAUUCAUGCAAAAUUAUCGAAAAAGAAGUGAUCCGAACACCAAAGACAUUAACCACAAAGGACGAGGAAGUACAAGCCGAUGGAAAUGAUAAUAAUUCGAGAAUAUCGCGAUUUACCGGACAUACCAGAAUUACUAGUGCACCUUGGGUUUCCUAUCUUGAUAGAUUUAAUUCUACUGGAAGUACGUCGAGAAACUAUUCACCACGUUUGGGUAAUUACGGAUAUAGUCCAAGUUCUUCUAGAAGUGAUAUUUCUGGUCGGGAGCAAAAACAGGGGAAUAGUGAUAAAGCGAAAAGAAGAAACAGCGAUAGUUCGAAUUCUUCAAAGUCUAAUUCGAAAAGUUUCGCCACGCCUAAGAGUUCGGAAUCAAAGAACGGAAAAUCGGAUGUUUCAGAAGAAAGAAGAAACUCUAGUGAAAAUUCGUCUCAACAUGAGGGAAAUGUUUCGGAAAAACAAGAGACUUCAAACAGUCAGAAGAGUUCAAGUUCCAAUUCAUCCACCCACGAAGACAAUCAAGUUCCAAGAGGCCAAGGCAAAGAUUUACGGAAGGACGUACAACAGAGGUCGGACAACAGUGCAUCAUCCAAGUCAAAGUCGAUAUCGCGAAAUAGUUCGUUGAAAAACUUACCUCGUCAAAUGACGCGAACCGACUCGUCAGAGGGUUCUUCCGUUGUCACUGUGCCAACUGGCAGAUUAAAGUCCUCAUCGUCAACUAAUUCCAUGACGAAUCAUAGCGCAAAAAUAAAGACAAUGUCUCCAUCACCUCCUUCGCCUGGGAAAUUUUCCUCUUCUAGUGGAAGUUCAGUUAGUUCGCGGCAAGUCAAUUCGUCGGACACGCGUGGAAAACCACCUGUUCCCAAAAACGAGGUCACAAUGAAGAACACAACACAAUUUGGCAUUAAGUACGUAAAUAAAGAUUUUCGUAAAUCUGUGCUUAAUAUGGAAAAUGGCGAUCCUACACGUUCUCAAAAAUCACAGAAAAAAUUUCAAAGAAACAAUUCUCAAGAUUCGGAACCAACUUGCACGAAAAAAUCAGAUACUUCAAGUAGAGAGAAUGGUAAAGUAGAUUCAGAAAAUAAUUCCCAUUCGAAAGUGAGUUGCGAAACAAGUUCAACGGAUUCGUCUGGCAGUGAAGAAGAGGAAGAUGAGAUGCAUCAGCAUAGGUCAAGUUCGAGGAGAGGAAAAAGAGCGAGUGAGUCGCCAUUCGCGGAAGGAAAAAGUCACAUGAGCACUGGAUCGUCAAGAACUAGUGUUUUGGCUUCGUCUGCUGAUGAAUUGUCCCUAACGAUGGAUAAACCACCAAGACCACCACCUAGUCCAAGAUCGAAGCAAGACAGAAGCGGGAAGACCGAAGAGGCCAAGAGCUUUUUAAUGAGGGCCUUAGCACCUGUCACUGGACUCUUUAAAGGCAAACAACCCGAUUCUGGGGAAAUGAAAACCGAUUGGGUUCACUCCAGUUCUUCGGAAAAGACCCCCAAUGGAGCUUCUUCACAAACUUCGAAAAGUUACAAUUCCUCUAAUUCUGAUAAAAACUCCCAAAAAGGUUCAUCAAGACUAAGACAUCAAGGUUCGGGGGAAAAACCUUGGUGGAUGGACUCGAAUUCCGAGAAUGUACCCGAAGGAAUAGAGAAGAAUAUUGGAAAUGAUGAUGUUAGCCAAGAAACGACUGUCAGCACAAAUUUACCAGAUGAUGGUAAAUUUAAGUUCAAAGUCUGGCGGCAAGAUUCCGAGGAGAAAGCCUGGUGGAUGGAUGAUGACGAGAGGAGGGAAGAGAAAAAACGAUCUUCUUCCUCAAAAUCGACAAGAGUUUCAAGUCGAGGGAGUUCAAAGUCGAAGUCAGGGGAUAAAUUAAAUCUGCUCAGGCAUCAAAAAUCAGGAGAACGAGCCUGGUGGAUGAGUGAUGAUCCACAUAAUAUUCCAGAAGGUGUCGUCGUCAUACCUGCCUCCCCACCGAAAACAAAUUCGGAAAGCUAUAACGAUCGGGAAUCAACGCCGAAAACAAUUAACAGAAUCAGACAUAUCGAAUCUGGAGAGAGGGCCUGGUGGAUGGAUAGUAAUUCAAACAUUCCCGAAGGAGUUCGUAAAAUUUCCACAGAGACUUCGAAUAGUAAUUCAGAUUCGUCGGGCUCGUACGAUAGAAUAGAUAUUGGUGUUGAAUUAGAGGAGGAGAAAAAGAAGCGAGGACUUCCGAAAUUUCCUAUAGAAUUUCCUCCACCACCGCCGCCGGAUGAACCGUUGGGAGAUAGAGCCAGUCCAGAAGGGGUUGAAAAUCCUCCAGAGCCUCCUGACAAUUAUGGUGGACGUGACUCUCCCUAUGAUAAUAAUCCAGUAUCAGCAAACAAGCGAUAUAGUCCUCGCAAAAGAUCAUCUAAUGCUCCUUCUUUUAUUGGUACUCAUACGAAUAUUGAUGACUUACUUGGCUGCGAAAUAAGUCCGUGUCACAGUCCGACGUUAUCACGAUUGCGUCGUCAGAAAGAUUUCCAAGAAAUGUCAGAUGACAGUAGUGAGUGCGAGGAAAUAGAUGCGAAUCAAGUUAUCAUUCAUGACAGCACACCACAGACACCUGUAAUUCAACGAAGAAAUAGAGACUCGGACAGACCCCAACCAGAUGGAUACAUUCCGCUCGAUGAUACUGCCCUUCAAUUGUACAAGGAUGGUGAUUAUGGAGCGUAUUUGGACCUCGAGGCUUCGAUCAGCGAGCAGCAGGAGGAAUUCGAGGGAUUCCAAACAAACCGAAAGAACUCAAUCGUUCUCAGGACCCAGCUAUCCGUACGAGUUCACACCAUCAUAGAAAAAUUACUGAACAGCGAGGGCCGCGAACUCAGACGAGCUCUUUUCUCCCUUAAGCAAAUCUUUCAGGAAGAUAAAGAUCUAGUGCAUGAAUUUGUACAAAAUGAUGGACUGGCGUGUCUUAUCAAAGUUGGCAACGAGGCUGAUCAGAAUUACCAAAAUUAUAUACUACGUGCGCUGGGUCAGGUGAUGCUGUAUGUGGAUGGAAUGAAUGGAGUGAUGGAACACGGUCAAACCGUGCAAUGGCUGUAUACACUGAUCGCUAGUCGUUUUCGGUUGGUGGUAAAAACUGCUCUUAAAUUAUUGCUUGUUUUCGUUGAAUACGUGGAGACAAAUAGCUUGCUAUUAGUGAGAGCAAUAAGGUCCAUUGAUACGUCCCGGGGGAUGAUACCAUGGACCAAUGUGAUGAAGUUGCUGAAAGAUUACGAUGCCGCCGACACUGAAUUAUUGAUAUAUGCAACAACUCUCGUGAAUAAGUGUCUUAAUGGAAUACCAGAUCAGGACACGUAUUAUGAUCAAGUCGAUUGUCUUGAGGAGCAAGGCAUUGAGGGUAUCAUCCAAAGAUAUAUGUCUAAGCAAGGAACCGAUUUGGAUCUCCUGAGACAAUUUCAAAUCUAUGAAGCUGUCCUGCAUCAUGAGGAUGGCAAUGACAGGGACUUUCCAAUUAGACAACUUGAUGACAAUAUUAGAAAAACGCUUCGAAAUCGAAAAUCUCUGAUGGAUUCACAUGAGCGGCGGAAAUCUCGCAGGCACUCCACUGGAACAUCACCAUUAUCGAUGACUCUAAAUGCACGUUUGAGUCCUCGAUUGAACAAUUCACUUGGACUGAGUUCAUUGAAUAAUACUCUGAACAGUAGCUUAAACAAUACUCUCCAUUCGAGUAUACCCGAUGAUGAUGAUGAAUCGAGUAGUUCACAAAGUUCUCAAGGUCUUGGGGAUGUACAAAUGAAUGGCAGUUACAAGGAAAACAAACUUGCUUACUCAGAUGUCGGUGUAACUCCUGCCCUAAGGAGACGAAGAGAGAGAGCUGAGAGACAAAAAAGCUUUAUCAGAGAGCAGCAGGAGGCGACAGCAAACAUGAGAGCCUCUAUAGGACACCCGGGUGAUCAAGAAAGUCCUUUCACAACAAAUGGUCUGCGAUAUACAAACGGUUCAUCUUACGAUAGAAAUGUCGAUUCACCCUCAAAUAAAUUAUCGAGGGUAAAUAGCAGAAAGGAUAUGACGCCUCUAAUGAAUGCGGCUAAUAAAUUAAAUUCCGAAGAAAAGAAACCCUGGUAUGGAAGGAGUCCGGAUGAAGGUGUUGAAUGUGACGAUGACAAUCAAUCUGAAGACGAUCAAGAUCGUCGUGUAGUUUUGCAAUUGAAAAGAGAAGGCACUGUGAAAGACUUAACGCAGAAACUUGCCGCUCAGAAUUUAAUUCCCAGUAGUCCUGUGGAGGAAAAAGUUGCCAGGAUAGGAGAUAUGAGUGGUUUAAUUUCAAAAGCGAAGGAAGGUCUAGCAAAAUCGAAAUCAAAGGCCGAUAUUGUAAAAUCCCCGACGAAUGAUAAUUUACCAAAAUUAGCGGAAGUGAAAAAGUCUGAGAACGAACUUCAUUGGGAGGAAUUGAUAAAUAAAUUGAAGAGGCCUCUCUGUCUUUGUGAUUUAGACUUUACGGAUCUCAAUACGGACGAUGAAAUCGAUGUUCUUGGUCCUGUUAAUGUGACAAACGGAGUGCCACCGCCACCACCUCCAAUGGUUCCACCUCCUGCGGGUUAUCGUGCACCACCACCCCCGCCUCCUGGUGCACGAAUUCCCCCACCUUUACCCAGUGGUGGUCCACCACCGAUAUUUGACGUUAAUCUCCGUUCAACUCGAAAUCACUCCACAGAAUCUAACAAUUUACCAAAAAGUCCGCCUCCAAAUUUAACCAAAAAGAAUAAGAAAACCGUGAAACUCUUUUGGAAGGAGGUCAGAGAUGAUCCCAUUAUUUUAUCGAGACUCGAUCAAAAUAAAAUGAUAUGGGACGAACUUUCGCCAAUUCCAGUUGACACACAAAAAUUGGAGCAUCUCUUUGAAAGUAGAGCAAAGGAUCUAAUAACAAAGAAACAACAGGAAAUGAACAAGAAUAAAGAGAUUAUCGUAUUGGAUCACAAGAGAUCGAAUGCGAUUAAUAUUGGAAUGACAAAACUGCCACCACCGAGAUCAAUCAAGACUGCUAUUUUGAAAAUGGAUGCUACAAUUAUGAAUCGAGAGGGCAUUGAAAAGCUUCUUACUAUGUUACCAACGGAAGAGGAAAGAUCGAGGAUACAAGAGGCGCAGGCCGCCAAUCCAGACCUUCCUCUAGGAUCUGCCGAGCAGUUCCUUCUUACUUUAGCUUCUAUUUCUGAAUUGACCGCAAGACUGAAACUAUGGGCCUUUAAGCUCGAUUUCGAAAAUUCGGAAAAGGAAAUUGCCGACCCUUUGAUGGAUUUGAAGCAGGGAAUGGAGACACUGAGAGUGAAUAAAACUUUUCGCGGAAUUCUGAGCACGCUUCUCUCAAUCGGGAUAUUCCUCAACGGAAAUGAGGUAAAAGGAUUUCAAUUAGAGUAUCUUACGAAAGUACCUGAAGUCAAGGAUACGGUUCACAAACACUCUUUGCUUCAUCAUCUUUGCCAUAUGGUAAUGGAAAAGUUUCCAGAUUCCACAGAUCUCUAUUCAGAGAUUGGGGCUGUCACCAGAGCAUCGAAAAUCGACUUUGAUGAGCUUGCUUCAAAUAUUUUCAAACUAGAAAGCGAGUGCAAAGCGUCUUGGGAUCAUUUGAAAUUAAUUGCCAAACAUGACGGAUCCACGAUGAUGAAAGUCAAAAUGUCGGAUUUUCUUGCUGAUUGCGCGGAGAGAAUUAUCGUUCUCAGUAUUGUCCACAGACGUAUUAUAAAUCGUUUCCACAAGUUUGUCCUCUGGUUGGGGAUACCAUUGCAUCGGGUUCAAGAUUCAAAACCGAAUGAAUUUUGUAGAAUUGUUUCAGAAUUUGCUCUCGAGUAUAGAACGACGCGAGAGCGUGUGAUACAACAGCUAGAGAAAAAGGCCAAUCAUAGGGAGAGAAAUAAGACGAGAGGAAAAAUGAUCACUGAGGUCGGAAAGUUUAGAACGAAAGAGGACAGAGCUGAUGCGGAACUCAGGCAAUUACUUGGUAGCGAUAUUUCCGAUGUUGAGAGUCUACAUGGAACACUUCCCUGGAGAAGACAGAGAAAAGAAGGUCGUACGUCAUUGGGUCCAUUGUUGAGGGAUGAAACAACAAAUGGGAACUUGACAGAUGGAGACGACGAAUUGCUCGAAUGUCUGGUAAAAACAGCUACUAAGUCACCUGCAACUCGGACAGCGCCGAGGGAACGCAAAAGAACUCGUCACGCCGAUCGUAAGUCUUUGAAACGAUCACGAACUAGAGAGAACAACACAACACCGGAAGGGUAUAGGCCCUGAAGGAGAUCUGAUAAUUUAACUUCCUGCAAAAGAAGUGCGUAGAACGUUGAAGAAUGGUCUUUCGGAAGAAGAAAAGAAGCACAUCGCCGCAUAUAUAAAGGGCUAUUGACUGUGAUAGAUACUUGCCCGAAGACUAUAAUAACGCCCUCCAACUUCGAUAUCGUUUUAUUUUCAUUUAAUAAUCGAAAUCUUAUUUCUGACUUCGAUAAGUCUGACAGAUCCGAAAAAAGAAGAAAGGGCGAUGAAAAUAUGUAUGCGUAGUGAUACCAAGAAGGUGAGAGAAAAUUCUAAAAAAAAAAAUUCAAUUUCUUUUCAUUUCUUUUUUGUUAAUCGAAUAGUAAAUUUUAAAAAGUUGGAAAUUUUUUUUUGUCUCAUCAAUUAUUUGCAAUUUUUUUUUCUAUAUUUAAAAAAAAAAUCUACGUUUAUUUUUCGAUUAGUUCACUAUUUUUAGAAAUCUAAUUUUUAGAAAUUAGUUUAAAAAAAUUUAGAUCAGAAGUUGAAAUUUAUUGAAUUCAAGAUUUUUUGUUCUGCAAUCAGGACAACGAUCUUAAAUUAAACUGCAAGAAGACUGUUUUUGUUUUAGCUUUCACGUGAUUUUUUUUCUAAUGAAAGAAUCUCUUCAAGUGAUUUCCGUUAAAGCUUUUUGUUUAUUAAGUUAAGUAAUUACGACUGUUUCAGUUUUUUUUUUUUAAUUAUCAGCUGUACCUGAAUGAGAAAAAAAAGUGGAUUUUAUUCGAUUGUUUCUUCUUUUCCGUUAGAGACAAAUUUUUUCCAGAGUUUUAAAGAAAAUCUGAUUUUCAUUUCUAGUAAUUUCAUUUAUAGUUUUUAAAUUAUUUAAUGAAAGUUAUUUUAUAAUUUUAUUAUUAGCAUGUUUUUAGUUGAAUAAUUUAAUAAUUUAUAUUCAAGUUUGAAAAAGAAUAAAAGACGAUAAAAUAAAAUAAAAUAAAAUUUGAAUUAAGAGCGAAUGACACUUGCUUUUUCGGAAAAAAAAAAUCGAUUUGCAUUGCAUUUUUGGUGUCUCUACGCUGUGCUUCCAUUUUUUUUUUGAAUCGUUUGUCAUUAAUGACAGUCGAUCAAGUUUCGACUGAAUCUUUAAGGUGAUAAGUUAAUACCGAAGCUAAUCUUAAAGUCAAAAAUUAGGCUGAUCGAGAGCUAAUCAUUCGUAAAAUCGCGACUCAUUCCUUUUUUGAGUCUUUGUGAUUAAUUGAUUAAUAUUUGAGAAUUAAAUAAUAAGCCGCAAAAUAUACCUUUCACUUGGAGUGUUAAUUAUUAUUGACGUUUCAAUUAUCGAAUAAUCGUUACUUAAUUAUAAAUAAUAUCAGCUUUAUGAUGAAAAUGACAUUAUUAAAAUGGCUUUUGAAUUUGUCAGCUGUUUUUUUUUUUUGCGAAACGUGGUCUUGGAAAUAAAUAAAAACGAAAUUUAAUUAAUUUUCUCUUAAAGUAAAGAAAUUAGGCCACGAAAAAAAGUAUUUCUAAUAGUUGAAUGUUAAAUUGUAUUUAAAAAAAAUAACUAGGGUGCCUUCUCGAGCAGAAAAAAAAAUUACUGCCGUUCAUAAGAAAAUAUAAUUAUUCUCAAAUGUAAAUAUUUAAAGAAAUUGUUUUGUACAGAACAAAACGAAUUUUAUAAAUUUUUUGAUAUAUACGGUGAUGAAUUUUUUUUUCCCAUGAGAAAUGCGUAUUAGCGCAGUGGCCAUUACUUAGCUCAAAAUAAAACUUCGAUUUCUAUUAAAAAAAAAAGAGAGAAACGAACACAUUUUAAAAAAUGUUCUUAGGAAGCGAAAUAUUUAGAAAUCUGCAAAAUAUGUUGCAUUAUUUAAGUUGUAGUUAGAUUUUAUUUCAAUACAACGAAUGUGAUCAAUUUCAAAUUGAUAAAAAAAAAAAAAAAUUUGUUAAUAGUGAGGAGAAAAAAGAAAAUGAAAAUACACUUUAAAAAUAAUUUAAACUACUUUAUCUAUUUGUCGCAGUGCACGAUUGUAUUAUGUUGUAUGCUCCGAGAAUGUGAUUGUUAUAAAAAUAAAGAAUGGCAAAGAUCUCUCAAGUA